GCCCUGAGAGCCAACGCGACAUUGGGAGGUUGCACUAUCUUGAUACCUCAUACGUCUUUGCUCGAUACUCGCUCUCCUCUAGGCCAUUGACCCUCGGUCUAUCUCUAUAAUCAAUCCAGACACCUCGCGACGCUCCGGUCAAGAUGGCCAACCAAACUCCAGCCGUUGUCAUGGACAACGGUACGGGUUAUACAAAGCUCGGUUUCGCCGGCAAUGACUCUCCGUCCUUCGUCUUCCCUACCGCCAUUGCUACGAAGGGCCCAACCAGUGGCUCCGCCGGCCGCUCGGGAAGACCUGGUGGCGGCAACAAUGCUUCGAUGCUUUCUGGAAAGAGAGGUACAGAGGAUCUUGACUACUUCAUCGGCGACGAGGCUCUAGCCGCUUCAAGUGGUCCUGGCUACGGCCUUCACUACCCAAUUCGCCAUGGUCAAGUCGAGAACUGGGACCAAAUGGAACGCUUCUGGUCCAACUCCAUCUUCAAAUACCUCCGUGUCGAGCCCGAAGACCACCACUUCCUCCUUACCGAACCUCCACUCAACCCUCCGGAGAAUCGUGAAGCCACCGCCGAGAUCAUGUUCGAAUCGUUCAACGUCGCCGGUCUCUAUAUCGCUGUCCAGGCUGUACUGGCCCUUGCCGCUUCAUGGACUUCGUCAAAGGUUCAGGAUCGCUCUCUUACCGGUACCGUUAUCGACUCCGGAGAGGGUGUCACCCACGUUAUCCCAGUUGCCGAGGGUUAUGUCAUCGGUUCUUCCAUCAAGAGUGUGCCCAUCGCUGGUCGUGAUAUUACCUACUUCGUUCAAAGCCUCCUCCGCGACAGAGGCGAGCCCGACAGCUCUCUCAAGACGGCCGAGAAGAUUAAGGAGGAGUUCUGCUAUGUCUGCCCCGACAUCGUCAAGGAAUUCGCACGUUACGACCGUGAGCCAGAACGAUUCGGCAAGCACACCAUCAACUACCCGAAUGGCCGCAAUGCUGUUGUGGAUGUCGGCUACGAGCGUUUCCUUGCUCCCGAAAUCUUCUUCAACCCUGAGAUCUACUCAUCUGACUUCUUGACCCCAUUGCCCAACAUUGUCGACACUGUCAUCCAACAAUCGCCCAUCGAUGUCAGAAGAGGACUUUACAAGAACAUUGUGUUGUCUGGUGGUUCUACUCUCUACGAGAACUUCGGUCGCAGACUCCAGCGUGACAUCAGACAUCUGGUAGAUGCCCGUAUCCAAGCUAGCGAGGCUCGUAGCGGUGGUGCCAAGUCGGGUGGUCUUGAUGUCCAGGUCAUUACUCACAAGCGACAACGUCACGGUCCCUGGUUCGGUGGUAGUUUGUUGGGUCAGACUCCCGAAUUCAGGAGCUACUGUCACACAAAGGCAGAAUACGACGAGUACGGUCCUUCAAUAGUCAGAAGAUUCGCUCUCAUAGGUGGCCCUGGAAGCACCUAGAGUGCACGUGUAGAUUAUACGCUUUGUUCAAAAUAAAUCAACAAAACAUUCUCAAUUACCCUCCGAAAGAAUUCUCCAGUCUCUGCACACAUCAGCGCAUCAUCAUUGUCAAGAAGCGAUCCAAUAUCCAGUCUCAGAAUGACAAGGACUGCCUUCAUCAGGCAAAUUAAGAUGGACAGAUCAGCUGCGAAAAUCAAUAAUAUGCACAUGAAGAGGGUUACCUACUGCGAUGCGCAUGUUACCGCUAUUCAAGUAUCGUCUCGGCGUGCAUGUUUACGACAAGUUGAGCUCGAGGUCGGUUACACCAUGUAUCCCUAAAAAUAAAAAGAGUCGUGG